AUGGCUACCUGUGGUGCAAUCAAGCUUGAGCUGCCCAUGGAUGUCACAACAUUUAAAUUCACUUUCGAGUGCAGAACAGCAGGACCUGUAACUAUUGAAAUAUCUAUCCAACAGCCUCUCCAGAUACUACGCCCACAAGCAGGAGUAUUUACAAAUUGGUUGGGCGCUGUUGAGGCAGGUCCUCCAGCGGUGGAUGAUAGUGUCACUGAACCUGAGUCGGAGCUGGGCGCUGAAGAACCAAAACUUACUGCUCAAGCGCUUGUUGGUGUCGACGAUAGUGAAACAGAACCGGAGUCAGACCAGGAGACCAAAGAGCCUGCUACACCAGCAGAGUUUCAUCACUGGUACAACGAUAAAACGAAAGCAAAACCUUGA